AUGUCAAACAGACGUCCAGGAAACGCCAAUCGGAUUCGUGGGCCGCAGUCAGCCUUGACUGACUUCCUCGCUGCGAACAACAUCUCAGCCCAACAGAUUCGCGAUGACUACAACAGACGCCGUCAGCAAGCUCAGCAGCAAGCCGGGGCCGAUGACGAGGAUGCUCAGCCAGCCGCAGCCCAGGAGGAUGAAGAAGAAGCCGCGGAUGACGUGCCAGCCCCUCCGCCGACCACCACCAACACUAGAAAGCGCAAGAGGAAAGAUGUAGAGGACGAGGCCAUCGCAAAGGUGAAGAAGGGGAAAGAAGUAGACAAGAAGAAGCAGGCAGACAAAAAGAAGCAGAAGGGCAAGAAGAAGCCCAAGGGCUCAGACGACGACAGUGACGACGAAUACGAUGACAAUCUCGCGCGGGACAUGUACAAGAAGGCGCCGCCAGCGCCUGGCCAGUUGGAGAACUGCGAGAUCUGCAGCAAGCGAUUCACUGUCACACCCUACACCAAGACUGGGCCGGAGGGCGGACUUGUAUGCACACCCUGCGGGAAAGAGCUGGCAGCUGAAGCCGGACCCUCGAAGCCAAAGUCCAAGAAGGCAGCGGGCAGACCCAGGCGGCGUAAGGAGGAGAGCAACAAGAUGGACAAUCUUUCCAUUCUGGGCGCGAAGACGCUGCAGCAAAUGUGCAUAGAGAAGGUCGCGGAUCACCAUCAAGAUGUCGAAGAGUUUGGCGACCUUCCGCAGACGGUGCUUGAGCGGCUGGGUGAGAUCUUCACCAAAAAGCGCAUCAUGGAUCCUCGGACGAUGAAGCUGUUCCUACGACCUGAUCAUGAUAGCAUUGCGAUACACGACUGCGCCAAGCUUGAGACGGAGGACUAUCAUACAAUCUUCGCUGUCAGUCCACACGUUGAGAAGGUCGUCCUUCGUAACACUUGCCAGUUCAAGGACGAGACUAUGGAGUACAUGAUCGAGAAAGGCACCAAGAUCACCUAUCUGCAGCUCUACGCUGCUAACCUGAUAUCGGACGCGAUGUGGCACAAGCUCUUCCAGCAGCGCGGCGAAAAGCUCGAAACACUCAAGCUCCAAUGGCUCGACGCCUCCUUCGAGGAUGAAGCAGUAGAAGAGAUGGUUGUUCACUGUCCUAACCUUCAGCGCCUAAAACUUAAACUCUGCCGCCGCAUCGGCGCACCCGCCAUCGACUCAAUCUCGCGUCUCACAAAACUCGAACACCUCUCCCUCCGCAUCUCCCAAGAAGUCCCCUGCGAGCGCCUCGUGAACCUAAUCGGCAACGUCGGCCGCAACCUGCGCACCCUCUCCCUCGAGCACUUCCCCGACGCAGACGACACUCUCCUCGAAGCUAUCCACGCCGAGUGCCGCAACCUCACCAAGUUUCGCCUCACGGAGAACGACUACUGCACCGAUGCCGGCUUCGCUGCGCUGUUUGCUGACUGGGCGAAUCUGCCGCUCCUCUCUGCCGACUUCAGCAGCACACGUGACAUCGAUAAUAACAACCCGGAUGGGCCGGAGCAGGCUGUCGGCCUCGCGGAUCAGGGACUCGCGGCGCUGAUGCAGCAUUCGGGCACGAAGCUCAGACAUCUGGAUAUCGCGUCCUGCCGACACAUUUCGCACGCGGCCUUUACGAGCGUGUUCGAUGGACGGAAGCAGUAUCCAGCGCUCGGGAGCAUCAACCUCUCCUUCUGCGGAAACGUCGACACGGUUGUGGUCGCGGGCAUUCUCAAGAGCUGCCCCGCGCUGAAGAAGGUGAUUGCCUUCGGCUGCUUCAACAUCGAGGAUGUAGUUGUGCCGAGGGGGGUCGUGCUCAUCGGCGUCCCGAAGGCGCGGGAUUUUAUGAUCGAGCAGGUGGGCAUGGAGUGGGUGGGUUUGGAUGCGGCGCUCGGGGCGAUGGUCGAGGCGGUGGGGGCGGCUUGA